GGUAAAAAGCGGCGGUUUAUGUCGGUUAGGGAAUCAGGAGGAAAAAAAUCAAUAUUUUUUUCUCACUGGUAUUUUCUGGAGAAACAAACGGGAAGCUUUACAAGGGGAUUUUGAUUUUUGAUCCGAUUCUGAAUCCUUUCCUGCGGCUGCGGGAAGAAAAUGGGAGGUUCGUCAUCGACACAGCAGGCGGGUUCCAGCGAGCAGCGAGAAGCGGAAAGCCUCGCAGCUUCCAUUGGACCGCUUCCAAUGCUCCAGAACUCCUUCUCGAAGCUUGCCGAUCCCCAAACCAGCAAAAUUCCUCUUGAAUCUCUCCAGUGUUAGUUACGAAACCCCAGUCUUCGAAUCAACAAAAGAGCCCGAUUCAAAUUCUGUUCUUGGAUUUUUGAAUCAUCUGGGGGAGUCCUUAGUGGAAGAAUUUUUCCUUGCUGAGAAGGAAGGAAUAACCUGGAUUGAGUUUGUGAAAGGCUACGUGAAAUGCUGUGGAAGGAUGAUCGCUUCGAUUGUCACUCAACGGUCUGAUGAGACUGUUUGCUGCGGCACUGGCGAAAUCUGGGUCUCCUUCGAAACUGGAGUUUGAGUCAGUGGAUGAUGGUUGGUGGUUAUAAGAUCAGUGGUUAUCUCUUACCGGCUGAUGUUUUCAUUCUGCUAUGGAUGUCGUGGACGAUGCUGUGGAACUCGAAAACUUCCAAAGUGGAAGAGAAAGGGACACUAUUACUUCCGGAUGUCAGUCAUCUGGCGUUGUCUGCUGUCGUUUCGUGUUGGGAUGGUCUUGAUGGAUUAGACUUGUGAUUUAGCAGGUUUAGUAGUUCAGCUUCCUGCUGGGAAGUUCCUUGCUUGGGCAUUGGCGACUGCUCCAAGCAUAACAGAUUGCUUGACUUCAUCAACUCAGAGGUUGCAGAACUAUGGCUCUUCAGGGGAUGAGUCUGCACCAGGUACCUCGACCUCUGGAGGGUCUGUAUCAUCGAGUGGGCGUGGUACUUAUCUCUUGACAUGUGGCCGUGCAUGGGGAAUUUCUCUUUCUCUCAAGGGUGCAAUUGUUGUAGAAAUUCGGAAACCAUGCUUCGCUAGUGAUGGUGAUCAAUCAGUUGAACACGUUGUCUAUCGGUCAUCUGUUCAUGGCAGGGGAUUGAAUAGAUUCUGGUCUAACGUUGAAGGUUAUCAUGGUCCAUUACUUAUUGUGGAGUCUGCUACUUCUGGAGAUACUCAAAACGAUAACUCAACUGCAAAGAAGUGUACUAUAGGUGCUCUCACACAGCACGGGUUGGAGAACAAAGAGAAUUUUUAUGGAACCUCUGCAACCUUAUACGCCAUGUGUCCUGUUUUCCAUGUAUUUCCACCUUCUGGAAAGGAGAAGAACUUCGUUUACAGCCACCUGCAUCCUUCUAGCGGAUAUGAUCCACACCCGAAGCCUGAUGAAAUCGGGUUUGGUGGAUCGAUGGAGAACGAAAGGCUAUUUAUCGAUGAAGACUUUGCUAAGGUUACUGUUCGUCACCACGCAGUUGACAAGACACCAACAUGGUCCCCUCUUCCCCAAUCAGGGGUUUCUCCCAGUUGAGGCAUUGAUUUCAGAAGUGGAGGUCUGGGGACUUGGUGGGGAGGCGGCAAGAUCUGUUCAAACUUCCUACAAGCAACGGGAGGUCGAUCUGAAGACUUUCUCAAACUGGGAAGAUUCGCCGUAGAAGAUGAUGAUGGAUAUGAUGGGUGACCCAAACAGUGUUCGACGAGAAGACUGCUGAAAAUUGUCCGUCAUUACCUUUCAUGAUAGAUGAAGGAUUAGAGCAGCAAGUGAGGAAGAUGCAUCUUGUCCAGAUUUUGUGUUUGUUUAUACAGAAUGGUGCCAAGAAAUCAUGUUGUUCCGCUUAUGAGUUGUUUGGUUGUACAUAAUGGUGUGAUUAGAAGUUUGUCCUCAAACUUGCAUAGUGUUCCCUACUUAGCCAGUUAGCCUCACUCGGCUGUAAUAAUAAGAAAUAAAGCCUCGAUCUCUCAUCAAC